AUGCAGGACUCAGAUUCACAUUCCGUGUCUGGAACAGAGAGAAAAUUGGAUUGCUCGUCGACACUUCCUGAUGAAAUAUUGGAGAAAAUAUUUUUGGAGCUUCCACUGUAUGAUGUUAUGAAACUGAGCUUGGUAUGUAAGCGCUGGUAUGUUGUGUCUCGUUCCAAUUCAGUGUGGCAAAAAUUUAUACCCAGGUAUCCUGGAAUACAUCAACCCAAGACAGACACCCAAUAUGACGUGUUUCGAAAACUCUGGUUAAAUAGCCUCCAAAUCGGAACAGAGCGAUGGUUUCCUAACCCGUUGCCUGAAUUGGUGGAUUACGACGCUGCUCUUCGAGAAGAGGAAAGCAAGGAAAGUGGCGAAACGGUAGACUCGAAGUGUGUGCUUUAUCUUCGUUUGAACCCAGUAUAUCCAUUCACUACUGAUGGUCUGAACACAGAAGACCCUGUUAUGGUGGAAACUGUUCAAGCAAUUUUCGAUGAAUUUGGACACGUAGAAGACUUGGAGGAUAACCUCUUCAUACGCGAUGCAAAAUCUGCCAUGUCGCACUCUGAUUUUGUAGACAAGCAACAGUCAAUGGAAUUUGUAGUAUAUUGUCUCGAGUCACAAAAUUUCUUAGAGGUGAAGAGAAAUCCCCAUAGAGAUUUUCCGGAGUUAGAUGAAGAAGGAUAUCGAGAAAAAAUUCAGGACGAUCAGAACUUCGUUGACGAUUUUGAAGAUGGAUCUAAUCAGAGAAAAAACCAUUUGAAUGACGAACUGUUCAGUCAAAUAAGAACUAUUCUUCUUGACAAAAAUAAUGACUUUGUUUCAUACUGUCUCGAUGAUGGCUGUUAUCGCGGAACUUGUCCUUAUGCGAGGAACAUGGUAGUUAGUGACACAGCUGUAAUUUUUUGUGUGCAAUAUUAUGGAAAUAGCUAA